AUGAGUGAUGGUGGCCUAGGAAUACCAGUGAAUGCCUCAAAAGGCAUAAUGCAAAGCACGUCUGCUAGUAAAUUAUCACAGAGACCCGUUGGGCAGGUCCCUCCUCAUGUCGCAAGCUCUGCUGGUACUCAGCAACAGAGAUUGUUACUUCAGCAAAAACUAAGACAGCAACAACAACAACAACAGCAGGCCAUGCAGAAUUAUGAGAAUCAGUUUUACCAAUUUCUAAUGACAAUAAAUAAAAAGCCAAAAAGGUUGUAUAAUUUUGCGGAAGAUACAGAUGCUAUUCUUAAAAAGUACGAACAGUUCCGGCCAAGUUUUGAGUUUCACAUCUAUGAAAAUAAUUACAAGAUAUGUGCUCCAGCAAAUACACGACUUCAACAGCAGCAACGAACACCGCAAGCCACAAGUGAUGGGUUGAUUCUGAACAAGAAUAAUGAAACUCUUAAGGAGUUUUUGGAGUAUGUUGCGAGAGGUAGGAUCCCAGAAUCGAUUAUGGAAGUGCUGAGAGAUUGUAAUAUCCAAUUUUACGAAGGUAACUUAAUUCUGCAAGUUUAUGACCAUACCAAUACUGUUGACAUAAAACAGCCUCAGAAUAAAUCAACCGAACAGGCUGCCGGUGCUCAGAUUCAGAAUUCAAACGAUACCCAUGUUUCGUCGGCAUCAGGAGCCAACACCAGUGCGAAUAAAGGGCUUGAUAGCUCAUCACAGUCAAGCGAACCUACGAAAGACGGAAAAGAGCAUGUCGCUACUUUCAAACGUCCAAGAGUUUAUAGAACCUUGCUUCGGCCUAAUGAUCUGACACAUUAUUACGAUAUGCUUUCGUACGCGGACCAUACUCGAUUUUCCGAUAACAUUUAUCAGCAGCUCGAGGCUGAAAUUUUAACAUUGACUAAGAGGAAUCUUUGCUUGGACGUUCAUCUAAAUCCGUACGAGCAUCAAGACAAAUUAGACGAAUCAUUAUUUUUAAAGCCGGCCUAUGAUUAUAGGACAGGCAAAAUAAGCAGUGAACAUCAUCCUUUACCCACAAAGGAUGGAACAAAAGGGAAGGUCGGACACAUAGAACUGCAUGAAGAACUUCCACAACAUAGCUCAAGCUAUGAGCAAAUGAUGUUAAUCAUGAGUGAAAGGACCACUACAACGACAAUGUCUACCAUUGCCGCUUCGCUUGCUAAAAAUGCAGUUGACCUAACUACCAGUUCAUUGAAGAAUGGUGGUGGCAAAGUCUCUACAUCAGUUUCAAGUACACCAGGACGAGCAAGUAGCAAUAACCCCGUUGCCGCUGCGGCAGUUGCUGCUGCUGCUGCCGUUGGAUCAAACAAUAAUGAAAACAACCAGUUCAGUAGGUUAAAAUUUGUUGAACAAUGGCGAGUGAACAAAGAAAAGCGCAAACAGCAAGCUAUGAGCACUAAUAUACAACCGAAUGCUUAUAACACGAGGAUUUCCAUGGCAGCGCCCUUAACCGCUCAACAAAUUAAGCAACAACAGCUCCUCCAACAACAUCAAAAUCUGGAUCAACAGAGAAUAGGUAGCAAGCGGUUAGUUGAGGAAGAAAAAGGGAAGGCAAAGAAGCAGCGAAAACCAGGGAAAAAGAAUACACCAGCUGCGGCAGCUGAAUCAGUUAAGAAGAAGAGAGUCGCAAAGAAGAAAUGA